CACUUUGAUCCUGACUGUUUUGCGACGCGGAGCGUUUUGCGAAUAGCUGAAAUAAAAUUCUGAAUUCCUAUGAAUAUAACGAAAUGAAGACCAAAUACGAAUUCGACGAUGAUGUUUCAUCAAUUUGUGAAUCGACGGCCGCCUUGACCGAGGGCUGUCGUCUGUCCGUGCGCAUGCACAAAACCGACGAUUGGCCUUUGGCUGAGAUUGUUAGCAUCAAAGAGCAGGACGGGAAGCGUCAGUUCUAUGUGCACUAUGUGGACUUUAACAAGCGUCUGGACGAGUGGGUCAACGAGGAUGACUUGGAUACGCGCAAGGUGCAGUUCCCACGGCGCGACGGGCCGCAAACUGGCACCAGUACGGGCGUUACCACGCCCAAGCGCCACCAUUCGCUGGCAGGCAGUGUGUCGCGCCCGACAUCUCCGCAGCCGCAGAACGCCGGCGGCCUCAGCGGUGCCAUCGCUGGCGGCUCCAUGGCCAACUCUAACAGCGGCACUGAGCUGGUCAAUGGCAAUAAUGUGCUAGCUGCUGCACUGCAGAAGCGCAUUAAUCGUCGUCGCAAGGUGCACGGACCGCAUCACUCGCAGUCGGUGCAGCAGCAGCAACAGGCGCAGGCGCAGCAGCCACAGACGCCUCAGACUCCGCAGACGCCUGUUCACGUGACAGGCGAUGGCGGAUUGUUGCCCACAACUUCUUUGGGCGCUGCUGCAGCUGCUGGGAAUGACGACGCCUCGCAGGACGGCAAGAUGGCAACGCCUCGCCAAUCGGGCAGCAUGGUCACCCACCAGGAUGACGUGGUCACGCGCAUGAAGAACGUUGAGAUGAUCGAGCUUGGCCGCCACCGCAUCAAGCCAUGGUACUUCUCGCCUUAUCCACAGGAGCUGUGCCAGGAGAGCUGCAUUUACAUUUGCGAGUUCUGCCUGAAGUACUGCAAGAGCCGCAAGUGCCUGGAGCGCCACUUGUCCAAGUGCAACCUCCGCCACCCACCGGGCAAUGAGAUCUAUCGCAAGAAUACAAUCUCGUUCUUUGAGAUCGAUGGGCGCAAGAACAAGGUCUACGCCCAGAACCUUUGCCUGUUGGCCAAGCUAUUCUUAGACCACAAGACGCUCUACUAUGACACUGAUCCGUUUUUGUUCUACAUCAUGACUGAGUUUGACUCGCGCGGCUUUCAUAUUGUCGGCUACUUCUCCAAGGAGAAGGAGAGCACUGAGGACUAUAACGUGGCAUGCAUCUUGACCAUGCCGCCAUAUCAACGCAAGGGCUACGGCAAGCUCCUCAUCGAGUUCAGCUAUGAGCUGUCCAAGUUCGAGGGCAAGACCGGCUCGCCGGAGAAGCCGCUUUCCGACUUGGGCUUGCUAUCCUAUCGCUCCUACUGGGCCCAGACCAUACUUGAGAUACUGAUUAGCCAGAACGCUGGCGCAGAUGGCGAGAAGCCCACCAUAACCAUCAACGACAUCUGUGAAUGCACCUCUAUUAAGAAGGAGGACGUUAUCUCCACUUUGCAGAAUCUGAAUUUGAUUAACUACUACAAGGGUCAGUACAUUGUCUGCAUUUCGCGCGAGACUAUUGAACAGCAUCAGCGCGCCAUGCAGAAGCGCAAGAUUCGCAUCGACUCCAAGUGCCUUCACUGGACCCCCAAGGAUUGGUCCAAGCGCUCCAAGUGAAUACGCCCCGCCGGCUGCCUGCGCCCGCGCUUAUUUGCUAAACUAAUCAUUUAACCCACCGAGAGUACAAUGAAUUCGUUUUUGGCUUGCACAUAUGCAAGCAUUUAUC